ACCUAAUCAGCCAAAGACGGUCGAAAGAAGCGUUAAGUUUCAUACCAACUGUUGAAGUGUACACACCUAGUUUGUGAAAUUGUAUGAGCAAUUGCUAUUCAAGUGUUACUAAGGACUGAAUUCUUGAAAUGAUUGUCAAUUUCUCAAUUUUUCGUGUGCAAGUAAAACUGUAGUUCUGUGUAAACAUGGAAAAACAAUGCGUGAUAUGAAUGAUUGACGAAUGAACCAGAAUUGAUGUGUGAAGAGAUACAGUACAAAACGAUCCAAUGGAAACAUGAGUCAGCUUUCAUCACGUUUUUUGAGGACCAAGUUCUUGCGGAAAUCUUACCGAGUCUAACAUCUUGAUUGUUUUAGGAAGCUACUCAUCUUUAUCAAAGCAACGAAAUAUGGCCCCUACCAAUAUCAGAAGAUCCCCCUUACAAGGCGCCGCUUACCACAUUCGAUUGACGAUGAUCAUUCUUUUCCGGGCAUUCGCAUUGCACCGCCAAGGAAAGUUGCCCCAAUUUGAGUUGAAGAUGGAGGUUCCAGAUGCAGGAAAGUUCGACGACCUGGUGUUUCGCUACACAUCGCCAUCGAUACCGGAAGGUACUGUCUACAUACAAGCUAAACAUAAAUAUCCAUCCGAAAAGCCAAGGAAAUCGAAAAAAAUACAUCCAAACCAUCCGUACACACCAACGCGAAAAGAGCGACCAGCCAUUACGGAAGGAACGCUGCUCACGAAAUGGAACUCCAAUGGGCCAUUUUCAAUUUCUAAGUACUUCAUUUCGUACCUGGAAGGAUAUGAAAGAUCGACCACAGGACAGCAGCGAGAUACUUUCCUUUUGCGACGCCAUAGGAGCAACGUGUUACAGCUUCAGCCCUGAGGAACAAUUUCAUGCUCUGACUGAUGCAUUACGGCAAGCAAGUAUAGAAAAGCUAGGACAGAUGCUCGUACUACAUGUUCGUUACAACACAGAAAUUAAAUCCAAUUAUUCUUCGUUAAACGUAUUCGUCGAUCUGAUUUCUGUGUGUGUCGAGGAACUAGAAGAAGGCAAAGGGAAGUUUAAACUAAGCCAACGAUUACUAACUGCAUAUGAGUCAUCAAUCUUGGGGAAGUUGCGAGCUGUUCUUAAGAGUGAAUAUGAUAGGCUUAUAAAAGCGAAGCAGUGUGACAAUAGUUGUGUUAGCUGGGAAGAGAUGCAAUUCAUGAUCGAUAAGUCCUUCUUUCAAACCAAGGGUCCUCCGACUUCCACGCACGACGAAUCAUUUUUCUACGAUCAGGUGAAUCGUGUUAUACAGAGAUUUUAUAAAGAGUUUAUGCUUGUUUGUGGAUCCUUGAACGGGGACCAGCUACACAACAGUGUUCUAGAAAUAAUGCCACACUGGGUCGACGAUAGAAAGACAGCGCAUAACAUUAUGUUCAUGCGACUGUUUGAUUCGAUGAGCUUGUCCCAGCCUAUUGCUAUGGAUUUGAACUAUUUGAAACAACAAUUUAUCAGUAUGAAAGUGAAUUAUAACUUUUCUAGAUUCCAAAUUGAAUCACAGUGUGACCUUAGUCAAUGGCAAUAUAUGUAUCGAUACAUUGUGGUUCGACCAGAUCGACUUCAACACACUGAACUGUACAAGUUUCUCAGCGAUGAGUCCGCUUAUGAACGUUACCAAUAUUAUACCACAUUGGAUAUCGUAGUGUAUUCCCUUAUUGCAUCUCAGACCGUUGCAUUGCUUCAAUGUAAUGCACUAUUCAUACACUAUGCAGCGAGUGAUUUUGAGGAAGAUAUACGUGAUGUACUCCGUGGAUUAUUUGAGUUCUUUGCAGAAGUAGAUAAAAUCUCUUACACCAUUAUAAUGACUAUUGAUCGGUCGAAGAAAUCGAUAUUGCCAGAAGUUCAAAGAUAUGCCAAAGAAUAUAAGAUAAAGUUUAUAGUAAUCGAAGAAGUACUAAAAGCACGCUCAGAUGAAGAAUGUUUUUACGUACGUGAUCUAACCGAAAAGGCAAGACAAAAGCUGUACGCAAAAUAUUGCAAAACAACAUUAAAUCUUUUUGGAACCACGAUAUCACUGAGUGGAAUUGUAAAUGAUGAUGAUGGCUUAAGCUUCGUGUGUAAGUUCUUGUACAAUUAUUAUGAACUAGAUCACAUUGAAUAUAUUGAAUCGAAGGAACAGAACUUUGUAGCAAUCAAGCCAAGGUAUAUUUCACGAACCAUAGUUCCAUAUGUUGGAGAAAAUGCAAAAGAUUCAGAAAUCUGCAUUCAACUAAGCAUUCCUAUGAACGAGGGAAACGAUAUUCCUGGCAACUAUUGUGAUCCAAGCAUUCCACCACUGGACGACAAUCUUUCUCCUAAAGUAUGUUGUGUACUCUCCUCUAGCAACGUUCGAAUACCGUUGCCUGAAUAUGAUGCAAAAGAUAUCCUGCAUGAUGGAUACGUUCUGGAAGCUCUUCUGGCUUAUUCAGUUCACAAAGGAAACGUCCCCAUGCUCAGAUACAUUCAUCUCAAGACCAAUAUGACCAUCACCAACAGACUCAUUGCAAUGAUCAUGAGAUUACUUCCGAAAGGUACAAACGUUUGUCACAAGAAAUCGAUGCCUGCAUUCAUGUAUCUUCUCGACCAAACAACAGAUUUGAACAGUGUAGAUGAUGAGGGUCGAAAUCUGCUCCACAUGACUGCUCAAAAUGGUUGUUUCUUCAUGAUGCAUUGUUUGACUUCUAAGGGAUUUGACUCGGCUACAGUAAACGCAUCAAAUGGCUGGAAUGUGUUUAAUUACAUUGUUUUGAAUGAGGAAGAGAAUCGCUCUGGUAAAAUCAUGGAGUAUUUGUUGAAACAUUGCAACAUGAUUUGGUUUGAUUUGUUGGAUAACAUGCUACACAGGAACGACCGUGAGAUGGCUGACAACUACUCCAUUCAAAUUGCUGGAACUCAAGACACAACAAAUACGAUCCAGUUAACCAAAAACCAAUACGGCUUGCUGGCAUGGAUGUUUUUGCUUCACAAACAGAAUGCAGCCAAGGUGUUGAAUGAUUUAGAAAAACAGAAAGCUUUGGAAUGUAUGAAACUCAUAGUUGAGAGCAAUGAAAAGACUAUGUUCAUCAAAGAAGUUCGAAAUGACAUUCCUCAGUUUACUCAUCGAAUAUUUGCUGAGUACUUUGCGGCUUGUUGGAUGAACGAUAACAAGAACCGCAUGAGAAACGAGAGUUUCUUCCAUUCGUGGUCAUAUUGGAAUGCUCAACUGCAUCAAAUGCAUGACUUGUUCAAUCGAAUCGUUCUAACAAAAAGCAAAGAAAAUGAUCUUCACAUGGCUGUUGUAAAUCAAUCAGAUUAUCUAGUUGACGAGCUACUGACAAAUAAUCCAUCAGCUGCAUUGGUGAAAGAUGCUGUGGGUCGAUUGCCGCUUCACCUGGCAGUUACGUACCCAUCUUUGGAAAUAGUAAACUUGUUGCUCGAUAAGAUGUCUUUUAUGUCCAUUAACACAACAGACCAUCUGUUUGGAUGGAGUGGCUUGGAUUACGCAUUCGCCAAUCGAUACAAUAAUUCUUUCUAA